CCCGUGUACAUCAGUCACUUAUUACACAAGAUGGCGUCGCCCUCGGAAGACCUUGAGGGUGAAAGCUAUUUUAUGAGAGAGAUUGAGAAGCGAGACGGGUCCUGCUUGCGUAUAAAGCAGUGCAGUAAGGGAGAUGUUGGGUGUGUGGUUUGGGACGCGGCCAUCGUGCUUGCGAAAUACCUCGAAACCGAGCAGUUUUAUCAGCCCUCCGAGGGGAUCAACACAUGGGCAAACAAAACAGUCUUGGAGUUGGGAGCGGGGACCGGAGUCGUGGGUCUAAUGGCUGCAACGCUGGGAGCCCGUGUCACUGUGACGGAUCUGGAAGACCUACAGCCCCUGCUGGAAUUAAACAUCAGGGACCACCUGCCUCUCGUCCGCACUGGGUCUGUCAAAGCCAAGGUACUGAAAUGGGGAGGAGAUGUGACAGAGUUUUUGCCUCCACCUGACUUCCUGCUGAUGGCUGACUGCAUCUACGUUUUUUUCCGUCCCUGUGCUGAACAGCUGCUGCUGCAGGACUUUGAGGCCAAGGAGAUCCCACUGGAAAAGCAGGACCCGGAGUACAGCAGUGAGGACAUCCACAUCCUGCUCCUCCGCUCCCGAGCCUCUUAAUGCUGGGGCCUGGGUACUGUCUGCGGGGAGACGCCACCAGGGCCAUUGAGUGGGCUGUGUAGGGACAGGCCAGGAGUGUCGUGAAGGCGUACAGCGUGGAACUGUCUUGAGAUGCUUACUUCUAAAACCCGCCCCCUGCAGAGAGUGGGGCUCUUCCAUCGCUAGAGGCCUGUGGUCUUGUCUGCUUCGUAAAAGGGUGUUAUUCCCAGUGGGCUGCCGUGUAGAAUGUGGGCUGGAAAUGAAAAUGAUCUGCGUCCAAAUUCUCAAGAUCGAGUGAACAAGUAUUUUUUUUGUUCUUUACCGUCAAUAAAUGUUUUUUUAAAAAUGCUGCAUCGCUGGCUCUUCCAAGAGGGUAAAAUAGAAUUUCUGAAACGGCGAGGAGAUCAGUUAAGUCGCCAGUUCGGGCUGGAGAGCGAGAGAGAUGCGAGCUAGCAUGGAAUUUAGGUCCAGGCUAAUCGAUGUCGCAAGACAGAAAUCCAUGAGAUUGCAAAAAUAAAUAUAACCAUAUUUAAUUCCCACUAUUUACAGACCAACUAUACAUUGUAAGUGGAUUGGUUUAAUAAUAGCUUUCUGAAAACAAUUUCAUGCUCUUGCCACAAAAAAUGUUGACUGAAAAUAUUUACUUUGAUUAAAAAAAAAAAACA